UUGCGAUGAUAUUUUAGUCACGGGAGUUAAUGACGAUGACCAUUAUAAACGCUUGAUAUCGGUAUUCAAAAUAUUGUCUAAGGCAGGAUUAAGAAUAGCACAAAAUAAAUGCAUUUUUUUUCAAAAAUCUCACACAGACGAGCAAAAUAGAUGCCGUUCAGGCAGCCCCGGUACCGGACACCGUAUCGCGUUUAAAGGCAUUCUUAGGGUUGGUCAAUUAUUACGCGAAAUUCAUACCCAAUAUAAGUACCGUUUUACACCCGCUUUACGAGCUAUUAAAAAAACAUAACAAAUUUAUUUGGUCUAGGGAAUGCAAUGAAGCAUUCAUGAAAGUGAAACAAAUGUUAGCCGCAAAACCAAUGUUAAUGCAUUAUAAACCAGAUGCUCCCCUAUGGCUUUAUUGUGACGCAUCUCCUUACGGGGUCGGGGCAGCGCUGGUACAAAAGGGCGAGGGGGGUGAUCUGCCAGUGGCGCACGCCUCGCGAGCUCUCACACCGCCCGAACGAAAUUACGCGCAAAUAUGUCGUGAAGGGCUGGCAAUCAUUUUUGGCGUUCAAAAAUUUCAUCACUACCUUUUUGGUAGACGGUUUACCUUAGUUACGGACUGUAAACCAUUGGCGCAUAUUUUUAGCCAACAUAAAAGUAUCCCGCAAAUGGUAGCGGGGCGCUUGCAGCGGUGGGCGGUAAUUUUAAGCGGAUACGACUAUGAGAUAGCUUGCGUUAAAGCGGAACAAAAUUGUUUAGCCGAUAAUUUGUCACGCCUGCCGUUAGACAUCAGAAAAAACGAACAAAAAAGUAAGGGAUCGUGCGAAUUUCUGAAUUUUAUAGAUGACGGUAUAUCGACAAAUCAUCGCGAUAUUGCAAAAGCGACACGCCAAGAUCCGGUUUUGCAUAAAGUAUUCAACUUAUUAGGCCAAGGCUGGGAGUAUUGCGGAGACGAAAACUUAAAACCAUUUUGGCGCGUCCGCAAUGCGUUAAGUCGCGAGCAAAAUUGUAUAAUGUUUGAAUACAGGGUGGUGGUACCUACGACUCUGCGCGCACGCGUGCUGCGCGAGUUACAUGCAGCGCACGGCGGCGCGGUACGCACGAAGGCGCUGGCGCGCGCCUAUGUAUGGUGGCCCGGGCUGGGCGCGGACGUGGAGCGGGUGACAGCCGAGUGCGCAGCGUGCGCAGCGGAGCGCCCGGCACCAGCACGGGCAGCCACGCAUCCGUGGGAGUGGCCGCAGGAGAGGUGGUAUCGAGUACACGUGGACUUUCUGACGCCGACAGCUGGUACGUAUUAUUUUGUGCUGAUUGACGCCUACUCCAAAUGGAUUGAGGCAAGCAAAAUAAGAGGCACGCGCGCCGACGAAACCAUUACCCUAUUACGCGAAAUAUUCGCCCGUUUCGGAAAUCCAUAUGAGUUGGUAUCUGAUAACGGACCACCGUUCACAAGUGGUCAGUUCGAAUCAUACUUAAAGAAAGAGGGCAUCAAGCACAUCCGCAUUUCCCCGUAUAAGCCAAGUAGCAAUGGGGCUGCCGAAAAUACAGUCGGGUUAAUUAAAAAAUGCCUAAAAAAGGCGGAACGGGAUAAUGCGAACGUGCAUGAAGCAUUGCAAAUAUACCUAUUAACUCAUCGCAUAACCCCGCAUUCUACAACCGGUAAGUCGCCAGCGGAACUAUUGUUAAAGCGCACCAUACGCAGUCGCUUUGAUUUGUUGCGGCCAGACCCGAGAGAAGAAGUGCGGGAAGCUCAACGAAAGCAGAUAGGUAUGGACGCACCGCCGACUCGCGAAUUUAAGGUAGGAGAAAAAAUUAUGUAUCGAGUAUAUCAGCAAAACAAGCAAUUUUGGGCAGCGGGUUCCGUCAUCGAACGGCUGGGCCCCUUGACAUACCGGGUAGAAGGGGCCGACGGACGCAGUCACAAAAGGCAUAUUAAUCAAUUGCUUAACGAUCCCGUCAUUAGCACAUGUUCGGACUCCCAAGAAUUGAACCGGGCUACCUCGCUGGCUCAUGCGAUUCCGGCCACCACUGAGUCACUACACCGCACAAGCAAUGACAAUAACACGACUUCGGAACCAAAUGUACCUAUACAAAGACCGAAACGCAUUCGUCGUCCACCGAUAAGAUACGGGUUUGAAUAAUCUCAUAGUAAAAAAAUAAAAUAAAAUACAAUGUUAGUAUAAUGGCAAGCUUGUCGAUUAUAAACCUUAUCCAAUAGUGUUAAAGGCGCCUUAGAUUAAGUGAUAAUAU